GUAAUGCAGUAAUGUUUGUGAGUUUCGAACUCGGCGCAUUAGUUGGCAUCUCUCUAAUGUCUCUAUGCUGCUAACCUUUUAUCAAAUUCUAAGCAAAUAAAACCUACUUUUGUACUUUCGUAUAAUCGCAAACUUCAUUCCGCUCAACCGAAGCAGAAAAGCAAUUUUGUUCAAUCGUAAAACAGUUUUAUUGCGACCAACAUGCGCUGGCUGUUACUUGUGCUGUGCGCAGGCUAUGGCAACUGCAGACUUUGGCCCCAAGGCAUUGUGCACUAUGCUAUUAACACCAAGGACUAUGACCUCCAUUCUCAAGACGAGAUUAUGGAGACGUUCGCUCGUCUGCAAAAGGAGCUUUGCGUGAAGUUCUUCAACACGCCGACUAACUUCACUGCGACUGCUGAGAACAAGAUUCUGUACAUCAGCAACCCUGAUAAGAAGAAAGACUGCCCGCCGAUUGGCUAUGACUUUAGCAAGAGCGUUGUGGAUAUGCCAAUAGGGUACAGAUGCAUCAACCAGAAGGACAUCGCUAGAAUCACAGUUGACAUGCUGAAAGCCAGCGUCAUACAGAACGUUUCAAUUUACAACAGCUACGAUUUGGUCAAGCGAUUUCAUCAAAUGGAGGAUUCGGUCCCCCGCUCGGCUCUGCUCCCGCCCACCGAUCGCAACUACCUGAAUGCUCACUACCACUCCGAAUGCGGCUCGCUGGGCCAGGCGAGCGCGCGACGCAUCAACGAUGUACCGGCGUCGGCGCAACUUACUGAUGCCAAUGUGGAGUAUUAUAAAGAUAAGCUGUGGCCGCUUGGGGUGGUUAUGUAUGGGGUGGAUAAGGAUAUACCUUCAAACGACUCAAAUUUAUUGCGAAUCAAGCAAGCGAUGUCCGUGAUAGAAUUGAACACGUGCGUGAUGUUCCAAGAAAUAUCCUCUGAGGGUGUGCUGGAGCCGAGGAACUUCCUCUGGCUCAGUUAUCAGGGGGAGGAUAUGCCGCAGCUUGGGUUUAAACAGGGGAAUCAGAGCCUGAACAUAGCGUCGCUAGCGCAAGGCGCGCCCGGGCACGCGGCGCACGCGCUGGUCACACUUCUGCGCGCGCUCGGCGUGCCCAUGAUGUCCAACAGACGGGACCGGGACAACCACGUGGCGGUGGAUUGGAGAAACGUUGCACACGGCAAAGAGCACUACUUAGAGAAGAGUCCAGACGAAGCGUGGCUCCAGCAAAUUCCCUACGACUUCGGGAGCGCGACGCACGCGCCUGCUAACUAUAUGUGCCGGGACUGCGACGAUCCGCUCGCUUCUAGAACCGUUAUACCGUUGCAGGACCACCUAUGGCAGCGCACUCUGUCCAUGGGCCGCCGCUUCGCUCUCAGCGACUCGGAUAUCCUGCUGCUGGGAAUAUUGUACGCACAGCAAUGCAGGGAACGGUUCAUGCAAGGCAGCAAAUAAAGGA